CUGUCAGUACCUCCGGAAAUCAGCUGUCACCUCUUCAUCCUGGCACAGUGAUAUAAAGGUGCAACGUCGUUGCUGUUCGAUAGGUGUCACAGGGGCAGAAAACACAGCGCCAGCAUCCGGUGCUGUUGUUGGUUACCACAAUGAUUUCUGCAGUGAACCUUUGGACGGUGUCGAUUGCCAUUUUGUGUAGUGUGUCACUGAGCUGCCUUAAUGUAGACGCCGCUGAAAACCUGGCUGCCCUACGAGAGAGAGAUCACAGCUUUGCAUCUCCCAGACGAUUCAAGCUGUCACUGGACGCUGGAGACUUCUCAGGUCAUCCAGAUCUAAAGGUAGAGAAACGUUCUCCUGCUGAAAUCCAAGUGUUCAGUACUGGAGGCGAAGCUUCAGAUUUUGACACCAACAACAGUCAGUUCGUGCAACAAAUGACCGAUUUCAUCCUGCACCUGAUCAGAUCGCACAUAAUUUCUCAGAAUAAGCGACAGAUUGAGUUACCUGAUAUCCAUAAGAGUUCUUGCAAAGGGAUAGGUUACCUGUGUGUUACGUUAGCAUUGAACGCAACCGAAGGCUGGUUUAGGGACCUGUCUUCUAUUACACGUGUUGGUGACGUCAAGGUCUUCCGCAACGAAGACAACAUAAUAAUGGAUUUUGGGAUUGGUCUGCGCACUAUACAACUGGGUUACAACAAGUACAGAUUGAAAGUAGGUCCUCUGAAGCUCAGCGGGAAGAUCGACGGAGAAAUGGGUCCGAGUGUGGUCAGGGUAAAAUUUUCCAUGGACGUCGGCCAACAGACCUGCAGCAUCUCUCUCCUGGAGACGGAGGUCAGCUUCCUCGGAGAACCGAAGCUCCGGCUUACCGGUAUGGGGAAGCUGAACCCGCUGUUCUCCAAGAUCGUGACGUGGUUUGCGGGCAGAGCCCGCAAAGACGCUGCAGCCACAGCCGAGGACAUCCUACGAAACACCGUCCAGGAUGUGUUCGAGCGCUUGCGUUGUGAUGAAGAGGUCAACAACGUUCAAGCGCUCUAAACACCGCGGCGGAAAGAAGUAAACAUUAAUCGGUCGUUAUUCUUCUGAAUUCUCUUUAUUUCGUAAAUUAAUAAACAGUUCUUUCUUUAA